AUGGCUCUCGGUUCAUCCCCACAGCGAGGGCUCAUUCUACGCUGGUGCCGCACACGUUCGCCUUUCAUCCGGCGUGCCUUUACAUCCCGAGCCAACCGAACACCUCCGUCUGCGGCGUACUUUGCCGACAAGGUGGACAACCCAGCGGUCACCACGACACCUUGCGGUAUCUCUCAGGAACAACGGCAUGCACUCGACCGUGCCCUCCGCGUGGACCAGGCUGGCGAGUUGGCCGCAAACUACAUAUACAUGGGUCAGGCUGCCGUGCUGGGCCGUGAUCCCACUGUUGGGCCCUUGAUUCAGGCAAGCACAGUCUCGGUUGCGAGAUCACGCAACACUAAUUCCAGGUUGUCGCGGCAAACGCAGGAUAUGUGGAGCCAGGAAAAGAAACAUCUUGAAGUGAUGAACAAGUUGCAGCUGCAACACCGCGUUCGGCCUACACUCCUUUCACACAUUGCUCGCAUUGGCGGUUAUGGGCUAGGGACCAUCACUGCGCUCAUGGGGAAGGAAGCGGCCAUGGCUUGCACCGAAGCUGUUGAGACAGUCAUUGGCGAGCAUUACGACGAUCAAUUGAAGGAGUUCGAGAAUUUGCCAGAAAGUCAUCCAAGUGUACCUCUUCUUAAAGGCGUGAUAGAAGAAUUUAGGGAUGAUGAGCUUGAACAUCUAGACGUCGCGGUUGAAAACCACUCUCAGCGGGCGCCAGCUCAUGCACUGCUGAGUACUGUUGUGGGCGCAGGCUGCAAGGUCGCGAUAGAACUUUGCAAGCGAAUCUAG